AUUUUACUGUUGAAUAACUAUUGGUAUUGGUACGAGAACAUUUUGUAUCGAUAAUAUGCCGAUGAUCUUUGGCUCCGAAGAAGACUCCGAAGAAGCCUUUAAUGUGAUCGAGCUUUCGGUCGAAUAGAGUGGAUUUAUACGUGAAUUCGACACAUUCGGAUAAAAUAAAUUCGAUCAUCGUAACUUUCUCAUUUACCACGAACAAUUUACAAUUACACCUACGUUCGAUGAGAUUUCGAAAUAUACGAGUUUCCUCGAAACGUGGAAAAAACGAAAGUGAAGUAAAACGAGUCGUUGUGGAUUUCGUGGAAAUGUAGCUAUGACAUACCACGCAACUAGAGUACAAAGGAGCAGUGAUCGAUCUUUCAUGGAUUCCGAUUUAUUGCAUGUGGAAAGUAAUCGAUACGCAGCUUACAAAAUCUUCAAUGCAUCAAUAAAAGGAAAAAAUCUGAAAUCAUUACAUUUUAGAAACGGUUUAUUCAAAAACGGACAUUCCUUUUGGAAGUGGAAAAAUCGUGUUAAAGAUAACAGGGAACAAUUAUUAUGGCACUCGAUUUCGCCGCUGGAUGUUUGGGAGGGUGCGCCGGUAUUAUGGUGGGAUAUCCUUUGGAUACGGUCAAGGUCCAUAUGCAAACGCAAGAUUAUCGAAAUCCGAAAUACAAAGGCACGUUGCAUUGCCUUAGAACAUUGAUCACAAAGGAAUCGGUAUUCGGUCUUUAUCGAGGUAUGACGUCACCAAUGGCAGGAGUAGCCGUCGUUAAUGCAAUAGUAUUCGGUGUGUACGGACAAACACAGAAACAUAUGUCCGAUAAGGAUCGUCUCUCUUAUCAUUUUUUGGCUGGUGCUACAGCCGGUAUUGCGCAAUCACCUAUAAGCAGUCCGAUCGAGUUAGCAAAGACCCGUAUGCAGUUGCAAUCGUCAACGAAUAAAACAAAAUAUUCUGGACCAGUGAAAUGCUUGAAAGAUAUUUAUAAAAGGGAAGGAUAUCGUGGUGUAUUCAAUGGAUUGGGUAUAACGUUUCUUCGCGAGGCACCAAGCUUCGGCGUUUAUUUCUUAACAUACGAAAUACUUACGCAAUCGAAGGAACCAAUAUCGACACCACGAAUGCUAUUAGCUGGUGGAUUAGCCGGGACAGCGUCAUGGCUAAUAUCAUAUCCGUUGGACGUAAUCAAAUCACGGAUACAAGCAGAAACUAAUAAUCGUUAUAACGGGGCCCUUGAUUGUUAUCGACAAUCCGUACGUUCCGAAGGUUACAUGUGUCUCUACAGAGGCUUGAACUCAACGAUAUUACGUGCAUUUCCUACUAACGCGAUGACCUUCGCUGUGGUCACUUGGACUUUUAGAAUUUUUGGAGAAGAAAAUAUCGAGAGCCCUAAAACCGAGAAAGUCCGAUCGACUUAUGAAUCCUUCGUUGGUAGUUGGAUUACGUUUUUAGAGAAUGCGAAUUUCUUAGGAGAAACCACUUAUCCAACUGUAACGAAUAUGGCUGCUGAUUGGAUGCUCCGUGAUGUAUUCCUGGCUUAUUAUCAUCACGAUGGUUCAAGAAUAUUUUCCUCGAAAUUCGAUACGUUCGAUCAACGGCAACGUGAUACCCACGAAAUUCCGAGAAUUCAAACGAGCCAUAAGGACGAUUCCGAAAAUAUUAGAAUGGAAUUUAUCGACGGUAACGAGCUUACUAUAGACAAUAGUUGCAAAUUGCAAUGUCCGAUAAGUGGAUCAAUGCCGAACGACAGACAGAAUAAUAUUGUUACGAUCGAACCCACGUAAUUAUCGUAUAUAAUAAAGACGUGCGAUCAUUGUGACGA